AUGUCAGAUUCCCCGGUCGCUAGUAUUGUUAGCGAGAUUUUGAGAGUUGUAGCAGUAGAAGAAGCAUUCAGUUGCUUCUUAGUUCAUAAACCAGAGGAAGAAAAUGAGAUGUUAGGAAUGUAUCAGAAGAGACUUAGUGGCAUCAUGACCCAUUUGAGCACGGAGAUGCAGGAAUCAGCUCUACGCCAGUACCUGACUCCUACGGCUGUGCUAACUAACCGUUACAAAAUGAAACAGCUGCUUGUUCUCUUAGAGAAUUUGGUGAACACAAAUGUUAUUCAGGCUCGAAUGUUAUGUGAUUGUAUUUUGACCAAUGAAAAACUAACCUAUCAAAAUGCUGAUUUUUGGAUUGAAAGUUUCAAUUUAAUCAAGAGGAUUAUUGGAGGAGUAGACUAUAAAGGUGUGAGGGAAAUAAUGAAAGGAUGCAGAGAAAAGGCUCACACAUUACCAGUCAGGCUAAACUCAAGUACAAUGCCCCAAUUGAAAGCAUUGUACAGUGUAAUCGAAUAUAUAUUUGACAGGAAUGCUUCUUUAUUACCUGCAUAUUUCAUUGUCACUGAAAUUCAAAAGGACUACCCUGGUAAUAACCAUUGGCCACACUGGCAACUGGCAAAACUUCUCUCUAGCUUUGUGGAGAGUUUUAAACCAUGUGCUCAAAUGGUUUCUAUUAUUGGACAUUCACAAAUGUUACCUGUUGUUGAGUUUUCGGGCUAUGCAGAUCAUCUUGUAAAUCCAUGGCGACUAGAUCCCACAACAUUAAAGUUCUCCCUAAAGGGUAAUUUGCCUUAUGAUGAAGAACUUCUAAAGCCCCAGAUUUCAUUGCUGAGACAUGUUUUGCAACAACCAUACUCUAGAGACAUGAUGUGUUCAAUGCUUGGCCUCCAGAAGCAACAUAAGCAACGCUGUAUAGCAUUAGAAGAUCAAUUAGUCGAACUUAUGAUUCUGCCAAUGGAAAAAAGCGAACAAGAGAAUGAAGAUGAUGAAAUGUCUUCAUCACAUUGGUGUUGGCUUCAUUUAUCAUCACAAGUCAUAUACCUGAUCCUCAUUGGAUUUGCUUCUUUCCCCAACAUCGUAAUGGGUCUCCACAGCAAAUUGAUUGGCCAUGAUAUGAAAAAAGGUAGAGACCACCUCAUGUGGGUGUUACUACAAUUUAUAUCUGGAAGUAUUCAAAGAAACCCGUCAUCCAAUUUCUUGCCAAUAAUAAAACUGUAUGAAUUGCUGUAUCCUGAAAAAGAACCUCUACCCGUGCCUGAUUGCACGAAGGCCCAUUGCACACAUCAGAUGGCUGUAGUGUGUAUUUGGAUGCACUUGUUGAAGAAAGCCGAAACUGAACACAAAACGAUGUCAAUGCCACAAAAUUUAAAAGUACAGUAUGAGUACCUACAGCAUUUGUUUACGUCAAACAACACACCAACAUUGAUGGGCUCGGAUUACCGCAUAGCUUUGCUGUGCAAUGCAUAUUCUACAAACCAGGAAUAUUUCGCCAGACCGAUGGGUGUAAUCAUAGAAACGCUAUUUGGGAGCCAGAAAGCUAUGCCCAAUGGAAAUCCGACUACUCCUUUGCCUACAGUACCAUUGUCCAUGUGCAUACUUGACAGCCUGACUUUGCACUGUAAAAUGUCACUUAUCCACUCCACUGUUACUCAUGUAGCUAAAUUAGCUCAGAAUAAGAGUAACAUACCAGGAAAUAAUAUGAUGGCACCUGCUUUAGUCGAGACUUAUAGCCGUUUACUGGUUUAUACUGAAAUUGAGUCUAUGGGGAUCAAAGGUUUUAUACAUCAACUACUUCCGAAUGUUUUCAAAUCUCAUGCUUGGGGUAUUCUUCAUAACCUGUUGGAUAUGUUUUCGUAUCGUAUCCACCACGUACAGCCGCACUAUAGGGUGACCCUCUUGUCUAACAUACACUCCUUGGCUGCAUACCCUCAAGCCAAUCAAACACAAUUGCAACUAUGUUUUGAAAGUACUGCGUUAAGAUUGAUAACGAGUUUGGGCAGCUCUGGAGUGCAGUUGCAAAUGUCGAGAGUAGUUUCCGAACCGAAGUCGCUCGUCUCCUCUGAAAGUGAGGAGCUGAAUCGAGUUCUAGUGCUGACUCUUGCACGUGGGAUCUAUAUGACAGGAGCUGGUAGCGACGGAGCGGCAGUGAAGGAACUCCUAACUACUAUAAUGACAAACACGCCGCACAUGUGGUCCCAACAUACGUUGCAAUGCUUCCCUCCGAUGCUGGUAGAAUUUUUUGCCCAAAAUCCGGCUCCUAAAGAGAAUAAGCAGGUUUUGAAGAAAUCAGUAGAGGAGGAGUACCGCAAAUGGACUUCAAUGGCUAACGACAACGAUAUUAUAUCACAUUUCUCAGUACCGGGCACGCCUCUCUUCCUUUGCUUGCUAUGGAAAAUGAUAUUCGAGACGAAUAGAAUCAAUCCAGUAGCUUUCAAGAUCUUAGAACGCAUCGGUGCGCGGGCGUUGUCGGCGCACUUGCGUAAGUUCUGCGACUACCUCGUGUUUGAGGUGACCAACCCGGCCGGCGGGCCGCACAUCAACAAGUGCGUCGACGCGAUCAACGACAUUAUCUGGAAGUACAACAUCGUUACCAUUGAUAGGCUUGUUUUGUGCUUGGUACUACGCCCCAACCCGGACGGCAAUGAGAGCCAAGUGUGCCUCUAUAUCAUCCAGCUACUACUGCUUAAAGGCUCGGAGUUAAGGAAUCGAGCUCAGGACUUUGUAAAAGAAAACUCACCGGAACAUUGGAAGCAAAAUAAUUGGUAUGAUAAACAUUUAGCAUUUCAUAGAAAAUACCCAGAAAAGUUCGCACCGGAGGAGGCAAGCAACGCUUACGGAGGUCCAAUUCCUGUGUACCUGAGUAACGUGUGCCUUAGGUUUAUACCCGUUCUAGACAUUGUGGUGCACCGACACCUGGAGAUACCAUCUGUUAGCAAGAAUCUGGAACAACUGCUGGAACAUCUUGGAUAUCUCUAUAAAUUCCAUGAUCGCCCAAUCACGUUCUUGUAUAACACAUUGCACUAUUAUGAGUCGAAACUUCGUGACAAGCCUUUAUUGAAAAGGAAAUUGGUGAACGCUGUACUGGGCUCCUUAAAAGAGGUGCGGCCAGCUGGAUGGGCCACGACUGAAGCAUUCCAAGCCUAUCUUGCCAAAACCGACGUGGAAGCAACCGCCUGGACUGGUCCAGACCUCAGCUACUACCUUAGUCUAGUCAAUAGAAUGGUAGACACUAUGACUGGCAGCUCGCACUUCCCCAACACAGAUUGGCGAUUCAAUGAAUAUCCAAAUCCCUCAGCACAUGCGUUGUACGUGACAUGUGUGGAGUUGAUGUCACUGCCUCUAGCACCCAAUUUCGUCGGUAACACUCUCCUGGACGUCAUCACCAAAGGUUUUGUUGUAAUACCACCGACUAAGAUCCAACUUUGGAUCAAUGCUAUCGGUCUGAUAAUGGCUGCCUUACCUGAUCCCUACUGGACUGUUCUUCAUGAUCGUAUAAUGGAGUUAAUAACAAAUAAUGAAAUGACGGAAUGGCCAUUCCAACAUUUCAAUCUCACACCAUUCCAACUUUUCAAUCUCACUACAACCAAUGACGCCAUGUUGGAAAACAAAUACAGCUUGACUUUGGCACUGGCUCAUGCCAUUUGGUACCACGCAGGCGCUGGACAGAUUAUGCAAGUACCGCAAUUUAUCAAAGAAAAGCUGUCAGUGGAGGUGCACACUGAGAUUCAGCUCCUGUACCUGUGUCACUUGGUGGGGCCGUUCUUGCAGCGGUUCAACUCGGACUUGUCUCGAGCCGUGAUGGACAUCACUAUCACAUUGUACGAGCUGCUGGCACACAUCGACAAGUCUCAGCCACAUCUACAGUACAUUGACCCAAUAUGCGACUUACUCUAUCACAUAAAAUAUAUGUUCGUCGGCGACACUAUGAAGAACGAAGUGGAGAGUGUUAUUCGCAAACUGCGGCCGGCUUUGCAGAUGCGUUUGCGUUUUAUUACUCAUUUGAAUGUGGAACAGAUAAAUACCGCCUAG